GUAAAAUUCGGCAAAAUGCAUACCGGUAUUUGUGACUUGCUCUUGCUCUUGCUCGACAUCUUCCCUCAAUGCUGUCAUUGUUGAUCGAUCCUUCAUAAUGCGAAUACUGAGCUGGAACAUUAAUGGAUUGGCAACGACAUUGCAAUAUUAUCCAUGGUCAGAGACGAAAUCGUACAAAAAUCUCCUUGACGCUUUGAAUGCAGACAUUAUAUGGCAAGUCUUUAGGCAUGUUGUACGAGCAGUGAAUGUUAAGAAGUAUGCAGCUUGCAGGAAAUCAAAUGUCAACGAUCGAAACUGACGCGGGAGAUGGGCAUGGUUCCCGGCUAUGAUGGCUAUUUCUCGUUCUCCGAAGCUAAACGCGGUUACUCUGGAGUAGCCGUUUAUGUAAAAAACACAAUCAUACCCAAGUGGACAGAAGAAGGGAUUACCGGAGUACGGAAUAAGCGUGUUCACGAUCCGGAAAUGGACCAGUUUCUCGCCACCUUAAAGACAGACCCAGCCGCACUGGAUGCCGAAGGCCGAUGUAUUAUUAUGGAUUUGAAUGAAUUCAUCUUGUUCAACAUCUAUUUCCCGCACGCUGGGGAAGAUCGACAAAUCUACAAGAUGGAUUUUCAUCAAUGCGUUCGUAAACGGAUUGACGAUUAUCUCAAACAAGGAAGACAAGUGGUCCUUGUGGGCGAUGUUAACGCGGCGCAUGAAGAAAUCGAUCACUGUGAUCCAAAGAAAAGCAUGAAAGAAAAUAAUAUUACUGACUUUAAGGAUCUGCCUCAUCGAAGGUGGGUGGACCAGAUCAUUGCCCCCAAAGGGCCUUUGAUUGACAUGGGCCGCUUUUAUCAUCCUGGCCGGCGGGGAAUGUAUACAUGUUGGAACACGAGAUUGAAUGCAAGGCCUGCGAAUUUCGGCACUCGCAUUGAUUAUGUUCUGGCUUCUGAGGAAUUGAAAAAAUGGUUCAAGUAUUCUGACAUUCAGCCUGAUAUCAUCGGAUCGGAUCACUGUCCGGUAUAUGCGGAUUUCUUGGACGAAAGACGAGUGGAUGAUGACGGAACCAUCGAAAAGCUGGACGAGAAAAUGAUUUCCAAGAAUAUCGAGUUUUCGGCCCUGCUUGCCAAGAACUUUCCCGAAUUUUCAAACAAGCAAAAAAAGCUGUCCUUCUUUUUCGGCAAGCAGGCUCAAAAGCCUUCAGACACCAAUACACCUUCACCUGCGUCUUCGGACACAUCGCCAUCUUCUGCCGUGCAAAGUCCUUCCCCAAUACCCACCACUCACGCACCUGCUACUCAUCCCUCAUCUGUGCCCAGUCCAGUCCUAAAUCGAAAGCGUAAAUCGACAGCCGUGUCUCCCGGGAGUCAAAAAGUUUUCAGAUCCUUCUUUGUUCAAUCGUCUCAGGAAUCAUCGCAACAGUUGCCCAAGGAAACCGAAUCGUCCCAGGAAGAUGCGGAGGAAAAUAUCGAUAUUGAUUCGCUUAUCAAUGAAGCCCAAGUUCGCCAAGAAGCCAAGCAAAUUUGGAAUUCGAUGUUUGUGCCACCAAGCGCGCCUCGUUGUCGUGUUCACAACGAGCCGUGCAAAGAACUGAAAGUGAACAAAAAAGGACCCAAUCAGGGACGCCGCUUCUAUAUAUGCUCAAGGCCUGUGGGACCAGAAGAUGGACCGGUUGAACAAUUUCGAUGCAACUUUUUCCAAUGGAAGCAUGAGCGGACCCACGAUGAUAAAUAAGGAAUUAGCCCUCCAUGUAUACAAUCUUUUCAGGUUGAUUAGGAAUACUUCCAGCAAAAACUAUCCAUGCACAUUCAUCUUCCGU